AUGGACCGCCGCCGCACGCCCGGGCUCUCGUCCCUCAACAGCUCGCGGCUCCAAACGCACCACUACACUGCCCACGGCGCCGCCCUCCGCAACCGCAAUGCCGAGACCCUUCAGACCCAGCUAUCUGUCUUCCAGUCGCUGCUGCACAACUUUGCCCUCACCCACGCCAAAGACAUACGCGCGAACCCUGAGUUCCGCGCCGAGUUUGCACGCAUGUGUUCAGCGCUCAACAUCGACUUCCUCGCUUCAUCGUACCACAAGGAUGGCAAGGACGGCAAGAGUGGAGCAGACGGAGGGAGUAUAUGGGCGCAGCUACUGGGCGGCAGUGUAAACGACUUCUAUUUCAAUCUCGGAGUGCUCAUAGUAGAGGAGUGUCGGGCCACGCGCUCAGAAAACGGCGGUCUGAUAUCGGUGCACGACUUGAGGACGAGAAUAUCGAAAGGGCGUGCGGGAAGCAUAGGCGGCGCCAUGCAGGUCAGCGACGACGACAUCAAGCGUGCUGUCGACUCGCUGGCACCCCUCGGCUCGUGCUUCACCCUCAUGAAGAUAGGCCAUCGCUUGCUCAUUCGCAGCGUGCCGAAGGAGCUCAACACGGAUCAAAGCACAGUACUGGAAGCUAUGCAGUUACUAGGUCAUGUCACUAUUAGCAUGCUGCAGAUCAACCUGGACUGGGAGAGACCACGAGCGCAUGCGGUGAUUGAAGACUUGAUGGCGGACAGCCUCGUCUGGGUCGACACACAGGCUGGUGAAAAUGAGUACUGGAGCCCAGCGUUCAUCAGUGGAGGGGGAUUGUCAUGA